UCUUCUCCUCCUUCCACCUCUUCUCUCUUCUCUCUUCCCCACCCCACACCGCGGGAGAGAAGUUCUCCGCGGUGAGUUCUUUAGGGUUUCUCCUAACUUCGCAUUAAUUGUCCCCUUUCUGGGUCGAAUUUUGUCUUUUUUUCCCCUUCCAGUAGUGGAUCGAAGCACCUCCCUCUGCAAAAAGAGUUCUCUUUCUUGUAAUUUCUGCCAUCAAUUUUACCUGUUUAUGAGAGGGAUUGGAGAAUGCUAUUUAGGGUUUUCUUUUAUGUUAGAGGUCGUGAUAGAUUCCUUGAGAUCCAGGGAACUCGGAGUAGAAAGGCUACCCAUUUAGGUAUUUAGGAUAAGAGUUUGUAGAUUUCAAAACUAGGGUUUUGAUUGACUUGGUGUGCCAUUUAAAUUAGAUCCGACGCUUCUUCUCUGAGUUUGAACAGUGCCCGUGGUCACUCGGUAAUCUCCUAUUUCUAGACCCGUUGAUUCAUCUUCUUCUACCUGAUAGCUAGGAUCUUGGAAACUUCCAUAAACGGGCCGAUUUUUAAGGGAUCCCGUGAACCGUGGCCGGCGCAGUUCCAGAGCGAUGAAGAAAGCGCGGAGGAUGCUUCCGGUGAGACCAAGAUACGAUUUUUAUCCAUGAAUUUUGAUAACGACGGCUCCUGUAGCCCUAUUGCUCGUACAGACACAGCGCACGCUGCUGCCCGCACCGCGACGACAGCUCUGGAGGUGGAGGAGGAGUCUAUGGAGGAUGGAUCCACGGCUGUUGCUCUGCCAUUUCGGUUAGGCAACUCGCUCUGUGAGAACCGACCAAUGGAGGUCACGCGGCUUAAGCUGAUAACUGAUACGGCCGGCGGGGUUUCCAGCUCGAACCCUCUGAUGCAGCUAUGGUGGAGGAAACCGAGGGUGGUAAUUUGAUAUCUGCCGGGCCGGAUUCUGAGAUGUUGGGAGCUGUGGCUCCUGGCAGCGAUGAAGACGACGAUGCAGCUUCCGUUGGGCCGGAACCAUCGAUUGCCAGUGAUACCAGCAGCAUCGCCGGCGCUUUGGAUGACUUAGGAAACUUCGAUCUGGGUUUUGAGUUCGGUCUGCCUAACUCCAUGGAUGCGGAUGCUGCAAAGACUUUUGAGAUCUUAGCUGCUCCUGUGGUUGAGGAAUUGAGUGUUGAUGGUUUGGGUAUUGGUGUGGAAUAUGAUCAGAUGAAGCCUCUAACUUCUGUUGAUCAGAUGGAGCUUCAGAGCGCAAGGGCUGCUGGGCUGAGACGCCUGUUUCUGAAAGAAUGUGUACCGCUUUGGGGCUGGAUCUCCAUCUGUGGGAGGAGACCAGAAAUGGAAGAUGCAUUUAAGGCUGCUCCUAGAUUCUACGAUAUCCCACUCUGGAUGUUGAUAGGUGAUUGUGCCAUGGAUGGGCUUUCUCCGAGUAAAAUUAGUUUGCCUUCCCAUUUCUUUGGAGUCUAUGACGGCCAUGGUGGCGUACAGGUCGCCAAUUACUGCCAGGAAAGGAUCCAUCUUGCUUUGGCGGAUAAAUUAGCUCGUUCCAAGGAAGGUUUGGAAGGGAUUGAUUGGCAGAAGCAGUGGGAGAGAGCUUUCAGUGAUUGUUUCACAAAGAUUGAUGAUGAAGUUGGGGGGAAGGUUAGCAGGGUGUGUUUAGAAAGCUCAUCUGAAGGUGGUGGUGGAAGAGGCAGUCUUGGUUUUAGCACCACAUCCGAUCCCGUUGCACCGGAAACUGUUGGUUCUACCGCUGUCGUUUCCAUUAUCUGUUCCUCGCAUAUAAUUGUUGCUAAUUGUGGUGACUCGAGGGCUGUUCUUUGUAGGGGAAAACAAGCCAUGCCUCUAUCAGUGGAUCAUAAACCCAAUAGGGAAGAUGAAUAUGCACGGAUUGAAGCCGCAGGAGGCAAAGUCAUUCAGUGGAAUGGAUAUCGUGUAUUUGGUGUUCUUGCAAUGUCUAGGUCAAUUGGCGAUAGAUAUCUGAAGCCAUGGAUUAUCCCAGAACCAGAAGUUAGGAUCAUUUCCAGAACUAAGGAGGACGAAUGUCUCAUCCUCGCCAGUGACGGCUUAUGGGACGUCAUGUCGAAUGAAGAGGCCUGCGAUGCCGCCCGCCGGCGACUUCUCCUCUGGCAUAAAAAGAACGCAGUUUCCGAUCCUUCUCAGCGAGGAUUCGGCCCAGAUCCCGCUGCCCAAUCCGCCGCAGAUUACCUCUCGAAGCUUGCCUUGCAGAAAGGAAGCAAAGACAACAUUACCGUCAUCGUUAUUGAUCUCAAAUCGCACAGGAAGUUCAAGCCAAAAAUCUGAACUUUGGGAAUUCGCUGAAAUGAGAAGACCACGAUGAUGACGAUGAUGAUGAUGAUGGCGGCGACGAGGAAGAAGAAGAGGAGGAAGCAGGGGAAGAAUUUGUUGACUGUGCCCAUUUGUUUUUGGUCAAUUGGGCUAUAUGGGUGACUGUAUUAAGUAUAUGUAUGUUGUGCUUUAAAAAUGGUGAAACUCUUGAAUUUCUGUUCUUGGAGCUGAUAGUUGUAAGUGCUGGGAAUGUAAAUUUGAGCUCAAUUCUGGGCUUUUUUUAACUGGUUGGAGAGGAUGAUAAAUACUUAACUGCUUACCUUCCUCUCUCUGCUAGAUUGUAUUAUGCUAAGGCCUCCGGGUUUAAGGCCCUGUGAGGCAUUAUGUUUAAUAUCAAUUUAACUUUCAUGUUUAUGA